UGCUGUGAAGGAGGGCUUGGGAUGGGCACUUCGUGCUGCAUCUCUUGAGAGAGAAUGCCCCCGAGGAGCCUACCCAGGAUGGUCAUGACGAACAUGAAGAGGCACAAAAUGAGGAUUAUGACGACAACGCCGAGGCCAAUGGUACUAUGGACCAUGAGCAUGACCAUGAAAUGCAGGAUGAGAAUGAACAACCUUUGUACGAAGAAGUUUAUGAAGAAGGGCACUCGACGUACCAGGGACAGUACGAUGAAGAGGAAGAGCACGAUUCUCGAAACGAAGGAGACUCCCGACCCGAGACUGCCCCGCUCACACCCCCACAUGUUUCCCGCCCUCUUGGCCGAUUCAUGACACCCCAGCUUACCAUCGCUGACCGCCACGUGCGUUUACCCAAUCUACGCUAUUCCGUGGGUCCCGGCACGCAAGGUAGUGACACCUCUAUGUAUGGUACGUCCAGCACCUUCGACGUGUCAGGACCUCGCCGCGUGCGUCUCGUCGAGCCUUGGAAGAUUGAAGACAUCGUCGUACCGCUGAACGAUACCGAGGCUGCGGAGGACGAGGAACAUAAACAUGUUGAGGAAACGAAGACGACCGAAGAGGAGGAGAGUAAGGCUCCGGAGCCGUCGCCCAAGAAGAGAGGGAAGGUGUCCGUGGAGGAACGAAGGGCCAUCCGCGAGAGGCGACGAUCAGCAUUGAGGACGCCCGACACAUUCUUCAAUGGCCAAGUACCGGGAUCGAGGCGGACAACGCUCCUCCCGCCGUCCACACCCAUGCUGCCCGCGUUGUUCGCGAACACAGGCAUUCUGUCCGCCAGAUCAAACGAACCCAGUGGGUCCUCGGAGAACCCGCUGGGGCCGCCGCCCGCUGAAGAGAAGGAAGUGGCCGUGUCAGUGAAAGAGGAGGAGAACGCGGAGGACUCGCAGGUGCUUCUUGCACGUAUGCGCCACAUGGUGGAGGGCGUGAGGCGCCGGCAGAGUGUGGAGACGGGGGAGCUGUCGAGGAGGAUGUCGGUGAGCCCGAGGAAGAGAAGAGGGUUCUCUUUGUUGCAGGAGGGGGGAUAUGAAGGAGAGGAUGAUGUAGAGGGGCAAGAGGCUGAUGCUGAUGGAGAAGAUGAAGAGGCGGAGGUUGGCGUGGAGGAUAUUCAGGAGGACGUCGAAAUGGUGGAAGAGAUGGAUGAGCAUUUGGAAGCUGGAGCGGAAGACGAGGUAGAUAUUGAGGCAGAAAGAGAUGCAGAGUUUGACGAAGCAGCCGUAAAUGGACCAUUCGAAACGGUGGAGGAGAGCGCAGAUGCCACCCCGUCUCGUCCGCUCGAAGUUCCUCAGACACCACAAUUAAACGACCUCCGACAUCUCUUCUCUUCACGCGCGGCUCCUUCCACACCGAGGUUUUCCGGCAUGCGCGAAAUAUGUUUCUCCGCGAGAGACCUAUCGCCGGCAUGGAGGAGUCUGCCUUGGAAAGUGUCGGCGAAUUGCUAGCGACACCUGCUGGAUGGAAGAAGGCCGCGAUGGA